GUGAGGCAGUUUGGCUGCAGGUCCUUCUCUUUACUGUUCGAUGACAUCGAGACUGAGAUGUGUGUGGCUGAUAAGAAGGCCUUCAGCUCCUUCGCCUACGCUCAGGUGGCCAUCACUAAUGCGGUGUACCAGCACCUAGGAGACCCCGAGACCUUCCUCUUCUGUCCCACAGAUUAUUGUGCUGCGUUCUGCACCCCCAGCGUGCUCCAGUCCUCUUACCUGCACACUGUGGGGGAGAAGCUGCUGCCUGGGAUAGACAUACUGUGGACUGGUCCCAAAGUGGUAUCCCACAAAAUCUCCAUUGAGUCCAUAGAAGAGGUGUCCUCCGUCUUGAGGAGGCCGCCAGUCAUCUGGGACAAUAUCCACGCAAACGACUACGACCCCCAAAGGCUUUUCCUCGGACCCUUCAAAGAUCGUCCUACUGAGCUGAUCGCCAAACUGAGAGGGGUCCUCACCAAUCCCAACUGCGAGUUCUACCCAAACUUUGUGGCCAUCCACACAUUAGCUACGUGGUGCAAAGCAACUGCUGAUGGAAGACAAAGGGAUGUGGAAAUGGACGAUGAGGAGCAGGACCCCUGCUACAGCCCCCAGAAAGCCCUGACGCUGGCCCUCACCGACUGGUUGCAGGAGUUCAUGAGCACCGACCAGCCUGGAGGCCCCUGUCGUCCUCCAGCUUGUCUGAAGAAGGAGGUUUCAGAGGAGGAGCCCAUGCAGACAGAUAUGGGGGAGGGCUCCUAUAUCCCAGGACCUGGGGAGAACCCUCUGUACACGGCCGAGCCCCUCACCCUGGAGGACCUGAAGCUGCUGUCGGAGCUCUUCUACCUGCCCUACGAACACGGCCCCACCGCCCGCACCAUGCUGCAGGAGCUGGACUGGCUCAAGAACCACAGCUGGGCCGUGGCGGCCGAGACGGACAAGACCGCGGAAUGGCGCUCAAGAGCACACCAGUUUGAUGGCCUGUGCGAAGCGGUGGUGCAGAUGUUCAACCGUCUGUCCAACGCCCCCAACCGCAGCAUUCUGUACGACCUCUACAACUACAUCUGUGACAUCAAGAGUGGGGUGGGCCUGGCUCGAGCCUACGUGAAAACACUCGGAGGGCAGGCUCGCCCCGCAGCCCAGCUGCUGAACACUGAUCCUGAACCCUGGGGUUUCAGAGGAGGCCUCUCUGGAGAGUUCCAGAGAAUGCUGCCCUGCCACGGAAACAGGGACCUGUUCAGACAUCCUCUCAUGACGUCGGUUUACAGCAUACGGAUGUUCUGCCCUGAGGACAAGAUGGAGGUACAAAGGAUUUUCAGAGAGAUGCAGAGUGCGGGAGAGGGCAAAGUCCCCUUGAUGAUGCAGCCCCCCCUCAUCUGUGAUGGCCUCUCAGCGGGGGACAUCCCCCCCUCCCCUGAGUGUGCUCUGGUCCUGGAGGAUGAGAUGGGGGUGUGUGGUUACGCCCUCGCACUCACCGACGCCAAACCAGCUGCUGCCAGGAUUCAGAGGGCAGUAAGUGAUUCAGUGUUCCAGGACUUCCCCUCCCUGGUCACCAUACAAGUGUUGCCCCGGGUCGCUGAUCCCUCUCCAGCCAAGCGCAUGAUUGGUCGGUUGUUGUCCUCCAUCAGGAGCAGUGGUUCCAGAGGCGUGUUCUGUGAGGUGAGGCACAGCGAUCGGAGGAUGCUCGACUUGUAUCCUAAACUGGGCUUCUUCAAACCCAUAACCAUGGCCGGGCUUCCUCAGGACAUCAUCGCCAUGGGAACAAGCCUGUGAACAAGCUUGUGAACAAGCCUUUGCGAAAAUCAUCGCAAGGAUUUACCUCAGGUUUGAAUGUUUUUUGCUAACUUUGCAGCAUGUCAAACUGUAAUCCGUCAUCAUUUCUUAGUAGUAUUAAAUAAUUAUUUGUGUAAUUUUAAAGCCAUCUCCAACACUGUAACAUUAGUUUGUUAAGACAUUUGUAAAAAAAACUACUGCAUAAAAUUAAAAAGGGUAACACUGAUGUACUACUGAUUUUCUAGAACAUUUGAAAUGUAUAGAUACUUUUUUAAGAUGAAUUAAUUGUUUUAACCCAGCACA